GGAAGGCUCCGCCCAGUGCGGGGGUAGCUUCCGGGUUGGUGACGUCACCGUCCAGCGCUGGCGCCCUGUUUGUGCUUUUCGUGUCGCACUUAUGCCUGCUGUGUUCUCUGCGCUGUGGUCUAGACGUUGUGGGCUUUGUAGGUCUAGCAUCAAGUUUCCAUGUGAAAUAAAUAUCCAUGUUUCCAUAUUUUCUGCCCCCUCCAUCUCCUUUUUUUUUGUUUUGAGACCCACUGUUUUAACCAGGAUCAUCCGUGUGACUGCAGGUUCCGACCUAUCCAUUUGAGCACCUCAGUGAGUACACAGUUGAAGACAAUGACUUUCUUGAGAAUCCCUCAGUAUCUGAAUCAUGAUCGACCAUUGAUGGGCCCGGUCUUGUGUCCAGGUCCAUUGCAGAAAUCCAUCACUUGUUGUCAAGUGAAGUCAUGAACAACAUUAGCUCUGCAGUGCUGCAGUGCUGGAAAGUCAACAUUUUACAUCCCGUCUCACUGUCUUAUGGGCCUUAAAGUCUUUAUGCCUCAUCUUUCACAGUGAUAGCAGUGCCUUGAAAGUAGUGGUCUGAAUGUUCUGUUCUGACUGAGCACUUGGGUGUCAGUUUACUCUCAGCUCCUGGAGUAACUGUGCAUCUCCACAUGGGCUGCAGAGGGGCUUCUCUACUUUAGACUGGGAGGAGCAGUUGCGUGGGGUAUAAGCAGUAUUUAGAAGGUAACUGGGCGCCAGGACAAUUUAGCUAAACAGUAGUGUUGAGUUUAUCCCUCUAGCCGCAGACCUGGGUUUUGGGCUUAGUUUACUAUGCCAGGUGUGGAAGGAGUGAGCCUCAAGUCUGGUUAGAGAGCCCCUGGCACUAUCCUUAGAACAUCUAUGCCACUAUUGCACAGGUAGACAUACCUUGCUUGGCAAGUUGGUUUUGUAUGUUGUAGAGGUCUAGGUAAGACACAUGCCUGUCAUUCCUCCCCCAGCAGCCUGCAUAGUGCCCCAGAGCACUAUGAAAGCCAGCCAACAGGAAGAAAACUUUCAGCUCCGUGCCAGUUUGAUUUCUUUCCGCAUUGUAAGCAGUGUGUGGGGUGUCUUCAGUAAUUACAGCCAGUUCUAGAGAGCAACGGAGAAGGGCAGAAGAGCCUGUGAGGUCUCCCUGACCAGUGGCUCCUAAGGAGGUAACUCUCUCCUGCUCUGGAGUUAUGGCUUAGUAACCAUUGGCUUUCAGAAGCAUCAUCUAUCGUAGGAUCUCUCCUUUCUUGUUUUUAUCAUUGUCUUGACUUAGCCAUGACCUCGUUGUAGCACUGCUGUGUACAUGGUCAGAGGUCUUUAUAUCCUACUCUGGGAGAUGCUUGCACACUCAUGUUCAUUGUCAUUCUUAAUUUGUAAUAACCAGGGAAUUAAAACAGCCUACAUGUCCAGCUGGUGAGAAGAUAUUAAAAACGUGUAAACAUAAAGUGCUGUGAAGAAAAACAGGAUGAUGAAAUUUGCAGGUUAAUGGAUGAAACUAGAUAAAAAUUCUGAAUUGGCUGAUAAUUUGAGCUGGGACAGUGAAUACCCCCAUCCCUCUCCCAUAGACAUUAGCUUUGCACACGACCUUAGAUUGGUUUGUCUUAAUUUGCAGAGCUUGAAGAAGUAAGGAAAAGGGCCACCAGGGAGCUGCUGUUAAGGAUGGAGGAAAUAAUAGCACAGAUAACAAACAGGAAGACUCUCGGGUCUGCUAGGAAAUUUCAGGGAGGAUUAACUGAGGUGAGAAGACCCUGUCAUCGUUGUGCUUUGAGAAGUCCAAAGAAGGAGCAGUGUUCCUUCCCUGCGUGUCUUCACUUCCUGCUGGGUUUGGUGAGCUUUGAGGAUCUGGUGGUGCACUUCACCCAGGAUGAGUGGGAUUUGCUGGAUGCUUCUCAGAAGACACUCUACGGAGAUGUGAUGCUGGAGACCUUCAGGAACUUCACUGAUACAGGAUAUGAAUGGGAAGAUGAGACAAUUGAAGACCAUUGUGAAGAUCCUGAAAUAAAUCUAAGGAACAUCGUCUCUCACUCUGAAUACACACAGUAUGAACAUGAGGAAUAUGAAGAAAAGCCACCUGAUUCUGAAGAAAAGCCACCUGAUUCUAAUUUUCUCACAAGUCUUGAAGGAUUCGUGGAAACUAAGACUUCGAGUGGACCCUCUGUGUGUGAGGUAUGUUUAAAGACCUUUGGACUAUACCACCUAACUUACAAUGGACAUCACAACUAUGACUACAAGUUGCUCAGAGGAAGCCAGACUGAAGAAAAUGAUUCUGAAGGUAAUCAGUGUGAGAAAACUUCCGGUUCCCUUCAAAAAGAAGAAAAAAUUCAUACUGGAAAAAAACUCUAUGUGUGUCAAGAGUGUGGGAAAGCCUUUAGGUAUCCCAGCGCCCUUCAGUUACAUGAAAGAAUCCAUACUGGAGAAAAACCCUACGAGUGUAAAGACUGUGGGAAAGCUUUUAGAGGUCUUAGUGCCCUUCACUUACAUGAAAGAAUCCAUACUGGAGAAAAACCCUACGAGUGUAAGCAGUGCGGGAGAGCCUUCACAUAUCUCAGUGCCCUUCAGUUGCAUGAAAGAAUUCAUACUGAGGAAAGACCCUGUGAGUGUAAACAGUGUGGUAAAACCUUUAGAUAUAGCAGGGCCCUCAAAUUACAUGAAAGAAUUCAUACUGGAGAAAAGCCCUAUGAGUGUAAACAGUGUGGGAAAUUUUUCAGAAGUCACAGGACCCUUAAGUUACAUAAAAGAAUUCAUACUGGAGAAAAACCCUAUGAGUGUAAAGAAUGUGGGAAAGCUUUUAGAUGGCUUACUUCUCUGAAGUUACAUGAAAAGAUUCAUACUGGAGAAAAACCCUAUGAAUGUCAAGAGUGUGGGAAAGCCUUCAGGUGUCAGGCUUCCUAUCAUAGACAUAAAAUAACUCAUGGUGGAGAAACAUUGUAUGAAUGUAAGGAGUGUGGUAAGUCCUUCAUUUAUCCCUCUUUACUUCAAGUGCAUGAAAGAACUCACACUGGUGAAAAACCCUUUGAGUGUAAGCUCUGCGGUAAAGCCUUUAGGUGUCAGUCCUCACUUCGAUUGCACGAGAGAACACACACGGGAGAAAAACCCUAUGAGUGUAAGCAUUGUGGCAAAGCCUUUUCAAGUUACAAUUACCUUCGAUUUCACGAAAGAAGCCACACUGGAGAGAAACCCUACGAAUGUAAGGAGUGUGGCAAAACCUUUACACAUCGAUCUUACCUUCGAUCACAUGAAAGAAGGCAUACAGGGGAGAAGCCGUACCAGUGCGUUCAGUGUGGCAGAUCCUUCAGCCGGCAUAGUUCCUUUAAGAGACACCAGUCUGUUCAUGGAGAAAACCCAUAUGAACAGUAUCUGAUUCCAUUAUCCCCAUUUCCUUCAAAGGAAUGAAAGAACAGAUUGGUAACAAAUCCUUUGAAUGUAAACAAUGUAGCAAAUAUCCCCAUCCACAUAACACACACACAAAACUCAAGACAGGAAUCUUUUAUAUGUAAACGUGUGGCAUAGCCUUCAGGGGUCACAGUGUACUUCAAAGAAGGAAUUCUUGCUGGGCAAAGUUUAUGUUUGUUACCAAUGUGGUAAGUGUCAAUUGCCACACUUCCUUUCAGAGAAGUAAGUUAAUUCAUGCUUGGCAGAUGCCCUAUGAAUGUACAAGAUAUGGCUAAUGUUUCAUUUAUCUCUGUUUGCCUUAAAAUCAUGAAAGAACUCAUUGUGGUGAAAAACCCCCACAUGAAUAUAAACAAUGAAAAGCCUUCAGGUGUCACAGGUCCUUUCACUAGCAUGAAUGAAAUGUCAUGUUGGAGAGAACAUGUGAAUGUAAGGUGUGUUAAAGCCUUUAGAUAGCAUUGCUCCCUUAGAUUCCGAGAAUGGAUUCCAACUGGAAAAAUUUCCAAGUGGAAACAGCUGUGAAGCCUUCAAGGUCACCGUUGUUUAAGAAGCUCAUGGUGUUGGGAGGUGGGCACUUCUGUACGUGUAAGGAGCGUGGGAACUUACUGGUUGUAGGGAGACAGACAUCCCCUUUGCAGUGGCUUCCCAUGACUUACCUGUGCUCUUGUAAAUACCCCAAAUUAAACUCAGUGAUCCCUCAAGCCACACUUGGGUAGAGUCAUUCUUGGUCCCUGUCAUUGGUGCACAGUCUGGGAUGAACAGACCAUCAUAAAUGUCUUGAGGCUUUUAAAGUUGUGCUGUGUUUACAUCAGUGUGAAACCCCGAGGAGUGAAGGCUAUGGCUUAAAGUGCUGUGCUGCUUUCUGUCUGGGUGGGUGCGCUUCAGCUGUCACCUUGAUGCAGUCUGCUGUCAUCUGGGAAGGGAGACUUAAUACCGACCUGUCUGGGUUAGGUUCACCUGGACACAGCUGUGAGGGGUUUUCUUAUUAGGGCUAGUUGAGGUAGGAAGACCACCCUGAAUGCUGUCAGUACUGUUUUAUGGACUGAGUAAAAAGGACAGAAGCAGGUGAGCACAGAGAAUCCUUGCUGUCUGCCUUGGGACUAUCGUCUACCGCUGUGCCAAGCUCCUGCCACCAUGUGACUGGCCCACAGUAAUGGAUUCUAACCUGAAACUGUGAGCUGAAAUAAACACUUCCUUCCCUAA